AUGGCAGGUGUCUGUGAUAGGGCCCCUGACUUCCUCUCCCCCUCCGAAGACCAGGUCCUGGGGCCUGCCCUGGGCAGUGCUGUUGCUCUGAACUGCACAGCUUGGGUGGUCUCUGGGCCUCGCUGCCCCCUGCCUUCCGUCCAGUGGCUGAAAGACGGGCUUCCCCUGGGCAACCGAAGCCACUACAGCCUCCACGAGUAUUCCUGGGUCAAGCCUAACUUGUCAGAGAUGCUUGUAUCCAGUGUUCUGGGGGUCAACUUGACCGGUGCUGAGGACUACGGGGCCUUCACCUGUUCCAUCCAGAACGCCAGCUCGUCCUCCUUCACUCUGCGCAGAGCUGGCCCAGCAGGCCACCUGGCAGCGGUGCUGGCCUCCCUCCUCGUCCUGCUGGCGCUGCUGCUGGCCGCGCUGCUCUACGUCAAGUGCCGCCUGAACGUGCUGCUCUGGUAUCAAGACACGCACGGGGAGGUGGAGAUGAACGACGGGAAGCUCUACGACGCCUACGUCUCCUACAGCGACUGCCCUGAGGACCGCAAGUUCGUGAACUUCAUCCUGAAGCCGCAGCUGGAACGGCGUCGGGGCUACAAGCUCUUCCUGGACGACCGCGACCUGCUGCCCCGCGCAGAGCCCUCGGCCGACCUCCUGGUGAACCUGAGCCGCUGCCGCCGCCUCAUCGUGGUGCUUUCGGACGCCUUCCUGGGCCGGGCCUGGUGCAGCCACAGCUUCCGGGAGGGCCUGUGCCGGCUGCUGGAGCUCACGCGUAAACCCAUCUUCAUCACCUUCGAGGGCCAGAGGCGCGACCCUGCGCACCCCGCGCUCCGCCUGCUGCGCCAGCACCGCCACCUGGUGACCUUGCUGCUCUGGAGGCCCGGCUCCGUGACGCCUUCCUCGGACUUCUGGAAAGAGCUGCAGCUGGCCCUGCCGCGGAAGGUGCGAUACAGGCCGGCGGAGGGAGACCCCCAGACCCGGCUGCAGGACGACAAGGAUCCCAUGCUGAUUGUUCGAGGCCGUGUCCCGGAGGGCCGGGUCUUGGACCCAGAGCUGGAUCCCGACCCGGAGGGAGACCUGGGUGUCCGAGGUCCUGUCUUUGGGGGGCCGUCAGCUCCGCCGCAUGCAAGUGGGGUCUCGCUGGGAGAGGGCCAGGGCAGUGAAGUGGACGUCUCGGACCUCGGCUCCCGAAACUACAGUGCCCGCACGGACUUCUACUGCCUGGUGUCUGAGGAUGACGUGUAGCCCCCACCCCACCCCCGCGUGCAGGAUCACCAGGGACAUCUGGGGGCAGAGGCAGGUGGGUCGUUUCUGCAAUAGGCAGGACCAGGACCCCAUCCUGUAGCCUGGACCCUCAGGAAGGGGUCUGACCCGAGCUUCCUCCUAAUGCCAGUAAAUAAAGUUGUUUUGGAUUCUG